GGAAGAAAGGGAAAAGGCAGAAGAAAUUGAAAGAGAAAAAAAGGAAAAAAUUAAAUCAGAAAAGGAAAGAAAAAAAGCCGAAGAAGAUUUAUUAAAGAUGGAUGAGGCAGAAAAGAAAAAAUCAAAAGAUAAUAAAGAUAAAGGAAAAGGAAAGAAAAAAUAG